AUUCCUGUCACUUCACAGAAUCCCUCUGUCGUGGCCAUGGCUCUGCCGCCCUUCUUCGCCCCGGGUCGCCCGGGCCCGCCGCCUGCGCAGCCGCCGCCUCCCGCUCCUUUCGGCUGUCCGCCACCGCCGCUGCCCUCGCCGGCUUUCCCGCCGCCUCUUCCCCAGCGGCCCGGCCCCUUUCUGGGGGCCUCCGCCCCCUUCCUCCAGCCCCCGCUGGCUCUGCAGCCCCGGGCCCCCGGGGAAGCACCCCGCGGCGGAGGUGGUGGCGGCGGCGGCGCCUUCUACCCGGUGCCGCCACCGCCGCUGCCUCCGCCGCCGCCCCAGAGCCGGCCCUUCCCGGGGACCGACACUGGCGAGCGCCCGCGUCCGCCUCCUCCAGGCCCGGGGCCGCCCUGGAGCCCGCGCUGGCCUGAGGCGCCGCCGCCGCCCGACGUGCUCGGGGACGCGGCCCUGCAGCGCCUGCGCGACCGGCAGUGGCUAGAGGCGGUGUUCGGAGCCCCGCGGCGGUCGGGCUGCCCGGUGCCGUCCCGCGCACCCGCAGGGCCCAGCCUGGGCGAAGUGCGCGCGCAGGUACGCGGGGCUCUGCGCCUGGUGCGGCGGCUGCGCGACCUGGGCCAGGCCCUGCGCGAAGCCGAGGCCGACGGUGCGGCCUGGGCACUGCUGCACGCCCAGGCCGCGCCGCUGCGCGCCCAACUGGCCGAGCGACUACAGCUGCUGACCCAGGCAGCCUAUGUGGGCGAGGCGCGGCGGAGGCUGGAGAGGGUCCGGCGCCGCCGGCUGCGGCUUCGCGAGAGGGCCCGGGAACGCGAGGCCGAGCGGGAGGCGGAGGCCGCGCGAGCAGCGGAGCGCGAGCAGGAGAUUGACCGCUGGAGGGUGAAGUGCGUGCAGGAGGUGGAGGAGAAGAAGCGGGAGCAGGAACUUAAAGCUGCUGCUGAUGGUGUCUUAUCUGAAGUGAGGAAAAAACAAGCAGACACCAAAAGAAUGGUGGACAUUCUUCGGGCUUUGGAGAAAUUGAGGAAACUCAGGAAAGAGGCUGCAGCAAGGAAAGGGGUCUGUCCUCCAGCCUCAGCGGAUGAGACUUUUGAACAUCAUCUUCAGCGACUGAGAAAACUCAUUAAAAAACGCUCUGAACUAUAUGAAGCUGAAGAGAGAGCCCUCAGAGUUAUGUUGGAAGGAGAACAAGAGGAAGAGAGGAAAAGAGAAUUAGAAAAGAAACAGAGGAAAGAAAAAGAGAAAAUUUUACUUCAGAAGCGUGAAAUUGAGUCCAAGUUAUUUGGGGAUCCAGAUGAGUUCCCACUUGUGCAUCUCUUGCAGCCUUUCCGACAGUAUUACCUCCAGGCUGAGCACUCCUUGCCCGCGCUCAUCCAGAUCAGGCAUGAUUGGGAUCAGUACCUGGUGCCAUCUGAUCAUCCCAAAGGCAACUCCGUUCCCCAAGGAUGGGUCCUUCCCCCGCUCCCCAGCAACGACAUCUGGGCAACCGCCAUUAAGCUGCAUUAGUAAAGAGGCUCCAGGAGUGUGGUCCAGCCAAGGCUCUUUCCAGCUCUAAAUGUUAGUGAUGCUGCCAUCUUCUUGUGCUGUAGACUAAUCCACAAUCUCUUAACUCUGUGUGGCAUUGCCCUACCCAGAAGUUAUGUUUUCCUUCCGUGCUCUGUCCUGGCCAGAGGUGCCUCUUGAAUCAGGAAAUUAAUACGGUUCUUCAGGAAAGGACCUAGGUGAACUGGGGUGGCCUUGGUUCACUGAAUUUGCCUCUGUUUUGAGGGGCUUGGUCCAGAGUGACUUGUAAAUUUACUCUUACCUUCCUUGUGUGCUGAUGGGUAAGUACGCUCCAUACACUCAUUCACUAAACACAGGUGUGCGCUGGGUAAUUAGCAGGCCUUGCCCCGGUACUGAGUGUGAAGGCAAGCUUGAUGGAAAACCUCUUGAUCCUUCCUACCCGAGGAGCCCUCUAACUUCCAGGAAGAAAAGUCAAAAGUGCUUUAGCUUCGGUUUUGUGAAUCCCGCUUCUGGUGCAGCUUGAGAGGUUGCAGGCUGGGCUGCCGGAAAAGCUGGUGGUUUAGUCUGAUGGCCAUGUGGAGAACGUGGAAAACCUAAAGAGUACCUGUCCUCAAAUUGGACUGUGUUUAAAGGAUGGUGGCUGCAUUUUCCCCAUGUUAGAAGGAUCCUAAUGAAAGCACCUCUUUUUUAAGUUCCUAGAGGUCUAGUUGUUCAGAAUCCCGAAGGAUAGAAAUUUACUUCCCUAUGGGAGUGGGACCUUAACCUCACUCAGUCAUUGUAGGGGCCGGCAUAGCUAUGGAAUUUUCUUAGGAACUCAAGCUUCCAAAAACAUCCAUCCAAGCUGGGGGAAAAGCAGAUAAAAAUAAUAAAAUUUAUUUUUUCAUAUUCAUUAAUAAAUGCUGUUGUGCCUGGAGAUGAUCAAUCACAUCACGUAUCUGUCUUUUUGUUUUCUUUUGCUUUUUGUCAUUUAUUGUUAUUUAUAUUUCCAAAAAGCUAAAUAAAUAUGAUUUUUAUUUUUUAGUUUGA